AUGAACUCCUUCCGCUUCGCGCGCGCGGCCCUCCGAGCCCGUCCUGCUGCCUUCCGCGCUCCCCUCCAGCGCAGAACCUACGCAGAUGCCAUCAAGCUGAGCUUGUCCCUUCCUCACCAGUCCAUCUACCAGUCCCAGGAUGUCGUCCAGGUCAACAUCCCCGCCGACUCCGGCGAGAUGGGUGUCCUUGCCAACCACGUUCCCGCCAUUGAGCAGCUGAAGCCCGGUCUGGUCGAGGUUGUCGAGGAGAGCGGCCCCAGCAAGCAGUUCUUCCUGUCCGGCGGCUUUGCCGUUGUCCAGCCCAACUCUGUUCUCAGCAUCAACGCCACCGAGGGAUACCCCAUUGAGGACUUCAGCGCCGAGGCUGUCAAGUCCCAGCUUGCCGAGGCCCAGAAGGUCGCCAGCGGCAGUGGAAGCGAGUUGGAGAUCGCCGAGGCGAAGAUUGAGGUCGAGGUGAGUAAUUUUCCAAACAAGGCCCUCGAGCGUAUGGAGGAUCCCUUCGUUGAUAAUUUCUCCCCGCCCCGAGCCAACGUCUUCACAGCCGAGCCCGAAGACGGUGACAUCCCAGAGGGUCUUGUAUCCGCGCGACGACAGAAGUUCUCAAGCCGGCCUUCUACUCGUGUUACGAGCCGCAAGCCAUCACCAUUAGAGUCCAGGGUGCCGUCUCAAGACCACUCAUUCUUUGGACAGAGUCCAGAGCAAGCCUCCAGAAGCAACAGUCAAGCCCCCAUACCUGCAUUACGUCUGCGGAAGUCAAUGUACCUCACUCCUCCACGAGUAGCCGACCCAGACUCUAUGCAGCUUCGCCAAACCGCUUCGACCGGUCGGCUUCGAGCAAGACCGAGCAGAACGCUCAACCGGCCUCCAAAGAUGCCAAUGGCAUCGAUUUCUGCCUCAUCAAGCCUGCAGAAGCCACGACACUUUUCCAACAACUCCGUUUCCUCCAUUCACUCUUGCGGAACAGAUAUGACAACCUCGACCAUUCGGAAACGCCAUGCUCGGGAUAUCUUUGCAGAAUUUGGCAUCUCUCGUCCGUCGGGAUGGCUCUCUGACGACGAAGAAGAGGACUUUUCGCGUCACCGAGAUGGAACCAACAGCAUUCCCAGGCAUGUUCUCAACACAUGCCAUUCCUGCGGCGCAGAGGUAACUUCUCGCACAUUCUGCUCUACGUGUGGCCAUGCGGUAAUAGAGGAGCACAUUCGGUCAUCCUCCAGCCUGGAAACUACAGAGAGAUCGAAGAAGAAUCAGAGGGCCCCAGCCACCUCGGUCAAUCUCGAUGAGAACCCCUUCAUACUGGCCGACAGGAUGACGAAGAUCACCACGGCCGAACCUCAGAUCACUGACAUGACGGUUGGCGCGGGACAAGCAUCAAGGCUCUCAGAUUGUGUUCCUAGGCAAACGGACUUGAAUACUGCAGAGACACACGGAGAUUACGGGAAUCCAAGGUGCAAUGCCACCCAUGCCGGGCAUCACUCUGGUCGCCACAGUAUUGCAUGCAUUGCCGAGCAGCAAAGUUCAGUAAGCAUGGAUGACUCGGAGCCGCUGCGACCACAUCUCCCACUGGAGGAUCCCGUCCAGAACAAGAUUGACCAAAUCUACCAUCACGCUGAAGAUCUCAGACGUGCACAGCACAUCAUGGAGCACCUGGCUACUGGUUCCGCUGGAAUUUCAGCAAGCAAGCAGAACUCUCAACACACUACUCCCUUUGCACAGCAGAUGCAGUUCCGAACCAAAGGUCUUGAUACCAAUCGCGAGAAGUUGAUCAGUUUUGAUGCGGCCAUGGCCGAAAGCAACGAGCACGCCAGGGCCUAG